AUGUCGACCGCAGGGGACUGGUCCCCCGAGAACCCAAUUUUGGCCUACCUGCAGACUUUAGCGGCAACCAAAAAGACACUUCCUUAUGGGCAGCCCGUGGUCGCCCACGCAUCUGUCAAUCACAUUGACUCGGCUUCACUCAUACGGCUGGCUGCAGAUAUCGGCCCGUACAUCGCCAUAUUACAAAUUCCGGCCGAUGUCAUCGACGACUGGUCCAGCGAUACUAUCGAACAACUUCAGUAUUUGUCCAGGAAACAUAGAUUUCUCCUGUGGGAAGGAAGCAAGAUCCUGAACCCUCUAGUAAAUUUCAUGGGCAGAGCGGAUGCGCCGUUGGAAACAAGGCAGGCUUUGGCAGACUUGAUCAAGAAGUCAUACACUAGUGGACCAUUGAGGACGGCGACGUGGUCCAACCUGGCCACCUCUUGGGCGCCCGCAGCCCCAGUGGACCAACAAGAAAAUGAUAUACUGAUCCCAACCUUGAGAUUGGCGGCCCGCGAGGCAGUUGCGACAACCGCAAAGACAAUCCAAACCGAGAUCUCUGCCGAAAUAAAUAACUACUCGUCGGGCGAGGAAGUGGAAAUCGCCACCCCCUCCACGGAAACAAGCAACGGUUGGAAAGAAUUCAGUCCGAAUAGUAUGGGAUCGGCACUACGGAAAUCGUCCACCAUUUCGGUCACGACUGAGUCUGUGACUUUACACGCGCAUCUUCACACAGAUGACGGUGUCCCAACGCCCCCGCAACUGGCCCGCAGUGUUGCACUCUGUCUACCCGGCACCAUUGACACCGCAUUUACCCCGGAAUUCCGUCAGAGUACGAUAGUCGCCGCAUGUGCAAACUCCGACUUUGUCAUCGGAUUCGCAACGGAAGAGCCCUUUUUCGUGAAUCACCGAGGAAACGAUAUUUUUGAAUUGGCAUUAUUCGAUGGCAACGGGAGCCCCCAACUAGGCCUCAGUGCCACCAAACUCGCCACCUUGCCUUACCUCAAUGAAGUUCGAAAAUCACUCGGUGUAUUCUCUCUUGUAUCACCUCUUCUUAGUCUCGGCUUUGAGUUUGAUCCUACCUUCGAGCCUGAUGGAAUCACACCAUGUGGUCCUGACUGUGAAACUCCAUACACUGCGCAAUACCUAUACUAUGUACUCAGGCAAGCGGUAGCUCUCCGAGAACAGAACCGACAGGAGCAUGAAACUGCAAAGCGAAUGGGCCCCAAGAUCAUGCACUUCCCAGUGGUUAUUAUUGUAUAA